AUGGGUAACCAGAAGACAAAGGCUAAGUCCGACUCAGCGCGAAAACGAAAAAAUCAACUGCGCGGCCAAAAACAGAAGUUGAUCGCGGAAAAUGGCAUGACGUUGCAACAGAGGGCGGCUCAGCGCCGGUACGACAGCGUCGUGCAACGAGGGGACGUUGUCGCGCUGACCCGCAGCCGCGACGACGCGCAGAAAGCUGAUGGUCUAGCGCAGGAAGCUGCUGAUGUAGUGCGUGCAAUGGAGACGGCACGAACCAAAGCCGAGGGGGAGCGGCGGCUGCGUCACGCGGCAACCAUAGCGACGGAAGCCGAACACGCGAGCAGGUUGAGGGCGGAGGAGGAGGAGCGUGCGGCGAAGGAGCAGCUGGAGGAGGAGCGCCGGCGCGUUCGGGUGUUGGUGAAGAAGUUGGAGCGUCUGGGUUUGGAGAAGAAGGAGCAGGACAAGAAAUAUCAAGUAGCUGUGGAUACUCCACUCGCGACGCAGUGCCCCUUGAACCUCGGCAAGGUUAGGGAGGGGGGGGAUGGAAUGCGAUUUCCUUUUGAUGUCAACUUGAAAAGAUGCAAACGCGCCGCCGGUUGCAUUUUUCCGGUGUGGAGUUUUUCGCGCAUCAUACAUCAACUUUUGUGCCACGCGCACAGCCUCUACCGCGGCCGCUAGAGCAGCUUUUGCUACCGUUCCAGCGCCAAAACUGUGGACACCCCACUCGCAACGCAGUGUGACUUGAACUUCGCCAAAGUUGGGGAAGGGUGGGGUUGGAUACAAGUCCUUUCUGAUGUCAACUUGAAAAAAAUCGAUUUCUUCCAAGAUUCCUUCGAA